CCCCGCCCCCGCCUCCCGCGAGUGUGGCCUCGGCUUGCAGCGGCGCCAGCUGACGCCCGCGGUGGUGCGGUCCAGUGUGGUGGCGAGGAUGGCGGAGGAGCAGGAGUUCACGCAGCUGUGCAAGUUGCCCGCGCAGCCCUCGCACACGCACUGCGUCAACAACACCUACCGAAGCGCCCAGCACUCGCAGGCGCUGCUCCGCGGGCUCCUGGCGCUGCGAGACAGCGGCAUCCUCUUUGACGUGGUCCUGGUGGUGGAGGGCAGACACAUCGAGGCCCACCGCAUCCUGCUGGCUGCGUCCUGCGAUUAUUUCAGAGGGAUGUUUGCUGGGGGGCUGAAGGAGAUGGAGCAGGAAGAGGUCCUGAUCCACGGAGUGUCCUACAAUGCCAUGUGCCAAAUCCUGCAUUUCAUCUACACCUCGGAGCUCGAGCUCAGCCUGAGCAAUGUCCAGGAGACGCUGGUCGCUGCCUGCCAACUUCAGAUCCCAGAGAUCAUCCAUUUCUGCUGCGACUUCCUCAUGUCCUGGGUGGACGAGGAGAACAUCCUGGACGUGUACCGGCUGGCAGAUCUGUUCGACCUGAGCCGCCUGACGGAGCAGCUGGACACCUACAUCCUCAAGAACUUUGUGGCCUUCUCUCAGACUGACAAGUACCGCCAGCUGCCCCUGGAGAAGGUCUACGCGCUCCUCAGCAGCAACCGCCUGGAGGUGUCCUGCGAGGCGGAGGUGUACGAGGGCGCCCUGCGCUACCACUACUCCCUGGAGCAGGUGCAGGCUGACCAGCUGCCCCUGCACGAGGCCCCGAAGCUCCUAGAGACAGUGCGCUUCCCACUGAUGGAGGCCGAGGCACUGCAGCGGCUGCACGACAAGCUGGAGCCUAGCCCGCUGCGGGACACAGUGGCCAGCGCCCUCCUGUACCACCAGAACGAGAGCCUGCAGCCCAGCCUGCAGGGCCCGCACACGGAGCUGCGCUCGGACUUCCAGUGCGUGGUGGGCUUCGGCGGCAUCCACUCCACCCCGUCCACGGUGCUCAGCGACCAGGCCAAGUACCUGAACCCCCGGCUGGGAGAGUGGAAGCACUUCACGGCCUCCCUCGCCCCCCGCAUGUCCAACCAGGGCAUCGCGGUGCUCAACAACUUUGUGUAUCUGAUCGGGGGGGACAACAACGUCCAGGGCUUCCGAGCCGAGUCCCGAUGUUGGAGGUAUGACCCGAGGCACAACCGCUGGUUCCAGAUCCAGUCCCUGCAGCAGGAGCACGCCGAUCUGUGCGUGUGCGUGGUAGGCGGACGCAUCUACGCCGUGGCCGGCCGCGACUACCACAACGACCUCAGCGCUGUGGAGUGCUAUGACCCUGCCACCAAUGUGUGGACCUACGUGGCCUCGCUGAAGCAGGAGGUGUACGCGCAUGCGGGCGCCACGCUGGAGGGGAAGAUGUACAUCACCUGUGGCCGCCGGGGUGACGACUACCUCAAGGAGACUCAGUGCUAUGACCCGGACAGCAACACCUGGCACAUGCUGGCCGACGGGCCCGUGCGGCGGGCCUGGCACGGCAUGGCCACCCUCCUGGACAAGCUGUAUGUGAUUGGGGGGAGCAACAACGACGCAGGCUACAGGGAGGAUGUGCACCAGGUGGCCUGCUACAGCUGCACCUCCGGGCAGUGGUCGUCUGUCUGCCCGCUGCCAGCGGGGCACGGCGAGCCUGGCAUCGCAGUCCUGGACAACAGGAUCUACGUGCUGGGCGGGCGCUCGCACAACCGCGGGAGCCGCACGGGCUACGUGCACAUCUACGACCUGGAGAAGGACUGCUGGGAGGAGGGGCCCCAGCUGGACAACUCCAUCUCGGGCCUGGCCGCCUGCGUGCUGACCCUGCCCCGCUCCCUGCUCCUCGAGCCGCCCCGGGGGACCCCCAACCACAGCCAGGCCAUCCCAGACUUUGCCUCCGAGGUGAUGAGUGUUUCUGACUGGGAGGAAUUCGACAACUCCAGUGAGGACUAGACCAAGAGCAGGCAGCAGCGGGGCCCAGGCCAGAGUACUUUGCCCCAGGCUGCGGGUGACCCUCCCACCCUUCCCUCCUCUGACUCCCCUCCCUGGGGACCUGCAGU